AUGCCCCCGCGCACGAGGUCCACGCGCUCGUCGCGCUCCUCGUCGGCCAUCGACAUCCCCGAGGAAACGCCCGACAACGCGCUGCGCACCCAGGUAACGACCGUGUUCCGCGAGGCCCAGCGUACAACAGCCUCGCACCGCAAGCUGGUAGUCACGCUGCGCAAGAUCCAAGAAGCUUGCUGCUACGAACCCGCCACCGGGCAAAAACAGUCGGGCGCUGCGGCCGCCCUCUCCGAAUUCGACGAAGAUGACUUCAACACCGAGUUCGUGCGCUGCGCGCUGCGCAUACUACCCGUGAAAAAGAGCGAGGGCGUGGGCGAGAAGACGGUGCGCUUCGUCAGCCUGUUCCUGCGGCACGCCAUCGAGAAGGACAACGAGCUGCUGGGCGACACGCAGAUGGACGAGGAUGACGCCGACAACAGCACCAUGCCCGAAACGCCCAGCACGCGCCUGACCAGCCAUCUGAUGGAGACUAUUCUGCCUAUGCUCAUGGCCAAGGACAAGUUUGUGCGCUACCGCGCUGCCCAGCUGCUCGCCCAUAUCGUCAACUCGCUCGACGCCAUUGAUGACGACCUCUACCAGAAGCUGCGCGCCGGCCUGUUGCGGCGGAUUCACGACAAGGAGCCCAUGGUCCGCGCUCAGGCGGUGCUAGGCCUGGGCCGCCUGGCGGGGAACGCGCUUGACGAGGAGCCCGGCGCCGGCGACAGUGAUCUGGAUGGUGACGAUGACGGGCCGGGAGGCGCCAGCGGCGUUAGCUUGAUGGAUAAGCUCAUGGACGUGAUGAAGAAUGACCCCAGCGCGGACGUGCGCCGCACGCUGCUGGUCAAUCUGCCCAUCACGCCCAAGACGCUGCCGUCACUGCUGGAGCGCGCGCGCGAUCAGGAUCCGGCUACCCGUCGCGCCGUCUACUCGCGCCUGCUGCCUGCUCUGGGCGAUUUCAGACAUUUGUCGCUGUCGAUGCGCGAGAAGCUGCUGCGCUGGGGCCUGCGCGAUCGUGAUGAGAAUGUGCGCAAGGCUGCCGCCCGGCUCUUCCGCGAGCGCUGGAUUGAGGACUGCGCGGGUACCCCUCGCCCUGAACCUGGCCAGCCGAUCGAGCUGUCGCCGCCGAAUAUGGACGCGCUGCUUGAGCUGCUGGAGCGUAUUGAUGUUGUUAACUCGGGCGGCGAGAACGGCAUCGCGCUCGAGGCCAUGCGCGGCUUCUGGGAGGGUCGUCCAGACUACCGCGACGCCAUGGUCUUCGACGACCACUUCUUCGAGACGCUCAGCGCCGAGUCUGUCUUCGCUCUGCGCACCUUCAAUGACUUCUGCCGCAACGAGGCCGGCGGCAAGUACGAGGCCCUGAUCGAGGAGAAACUCCCCGAAGUCACUAAGCUAGCCUUCUACCUGGAGCGCUACAUCAAGGUGCUGAUCGACGCCAUCAAGCGCGCCGAGGAACAGGGCGAGGAGGAAGAAGAGGACACAGCCGAGCAGGAGUUUAUCGUCGAACAGCUCCUGCACAUCGCACUAACCCUCGACUACGCCGACGAGGUCGGCCGCCGCAAGAUGUUCGCCCUGCUCCGGCAGACGCUCUCCAUCCCCGAGCUCCCCGAGGAAUGCACCAAGCUCACCGUCAUGGUUCUCCGCGACCUGUGCGCCCCCGACGCAGCCGGCGAAAAGGAGUUCACCAGCGUCGUCUUGGAAGCCGUCGCCGACGUGCACGACACCAUCGUCGACGAAGACGACGACGACGCCAACGUGCCGGCCGAAGACGACGAGAGCUUCGUCUCGGCACGUUCCGAAGUCAGCCGUGAGAGCACGCCCGCGCCGGGCGGCGGCGAAGGCGGCGGCAGCAACAGCCGCAAGCGAGGCCGCAGCCCGACGCCCAAGAUGACGGAGGAGGAGGCGGCGGCUAAAGCCAUCCGCGAGAUCAUGAUCAACAUGAAGUGUCUGCACAUCGUGCAGUGCAUGCUGCAGAAUGUUCAGGGCCAGCUACAGUCCAACGACAACCUCAUCAGCAUGCUCAACAACCUGGUUGUCCCCGCCGUGCGAAGCCACGAAGCCCCCGUCCGCGAGCGCGGCCUCGUCUGUCUCGGUCUCUGCGCCCUGCUAGACCGCUCCCUCGCCGAAGAAAACCUCACUCUCUUCAUCCACUUCUUCGCGAAAGGCCACACCGCGCUGCAGAUCACCGCCCUGCACAUCCUGACCGACAUUCUCGUCGUGCACGGCGCGCAGCUCCUCUCCGCCAACCCGACCUUGCUCAAAGUGUACGUCAAGGCCUUGCGCUCGGGAGCAAAACAUCCCGAGCUGCAGGCCGUCGCCGUCGUCGCCGCCUCCAAGCUCUUGCUCGGCCGCGUGGUCAGCGACCGUGAUGUCGCCGCCGAGCUGCUCAAGACGCUGGUCGUCGCGUACUUUGAGCCCGCGAGCGCGGGCAACCAGAGCGUGCGGCAGGCCCUGAACUAUUUCCUGCCUGUGUUUUGUUAUUCGAGGGCGGAGAAUCAGGAUUUGAUGAGGCGCGUGGCGCUGGAUGCCCUGCAUACGCUGUAUAAUGUCAGGGAGGGGUUCGACGAUGAUGAUGCGGAUAUUGAUGAUGAGAUGGUGUCGCUGGCCACGAUUGGCGCGUGUCUCGUGGAUUGGACCGAUCCGAGAAAGGUGUAUACGCCUGAUGCGGGCGGUUUGCAGGCGGAGAAGCAUGUCAACGCUGAUGUUCAUCUUGACUUUGCGAAGGCAAUACUGGAGCGCCUAGAGGGCAACGUUCCCCGAGAAGAAAAGAAAGUCCUCGCCUCGCUCCUCUCCAAGCUCUACAUCUCCCCGGCUUCCUCCCCCGACAAGACCCGCGAAACCUACCGCGUCGUCUCCGCCGCCGUCGACACCAACCUCCUCCCGGACACCACCAGCCGCAACGCCUUGUACAAGAUCCACGUCAGCCUUGGGAAAAUCGUCAACGCCCUGGACGGCGCGGUCCCCUCCGUCGAGACGGCCUCUGUCGCCGGGAGCACCGGUACCGGCAUCGGUACUACUACUACCGCGGCUACGGGCAGGCGGGUCACGAGGGGUUCGGUUUCGGCUGGCUCAGGGACAGGAGCCGGGAGGAGGAGCAUCAGCAGGGCGAGCAGCGUCUCCACGAAUGCUGACCGUCCUGCCUCGGCGUCUGCUGCCGUGCCUGGGAGCAAGGCAGCCAGUACCAUUGAGGAAGAGGAGGAAAAGGAGCAGGAAGAAGAAGAAGAAGAAGAAGAGAAGGAGGAGAAGGAGGAGGAGGAGGAGGAGGAGGAGGAGGAGAAUGUGGAUGAGGAGACGCAAUUAGCGAUGCAGUUGCAGGCGGAUACGACGGCGGCGCAGAGUAGGGAGGGGUCGGUGCAGAUUAAGAGGGAGGAGGAUGAUAGUGAGAGUGAGGCGUCGGAUGCGACAGUUGUGAGGGGAAGUGUGGGGACGGGCAGGAGGGUUAAGCAGGAGGAGGAUGAUGACUUUUAA